AUGCGGAAAAAUGCAGGAAUUUGCCCAUGGGGGGCUGCCAGUUGUGCCCUGUCCUCUAAGUCCUCCACUCCUUCGUCCUCGGCUCCCCGCGCAACCGCAACUUCCAAAGACUCCACUCACCUCGGCGCCAACGGCAAACUCACUCCUGAGGAACAUCAACAACGUUUUGACAACGAGCUCUGUUUGUUCUGCAGCGGCGCGGGGCACAAGGCGAACAAAUGCCUGAAGAGCCAGAAGAAGGCCAAGGCCCGUGCCGCGGUCACUGAACCCGCGGAAGACGCAGAGUCCACCGCGCACAUCUCUGACGCCGAAUCGAAAAACUGA